AUGCGAUUCGGAAGCACUCUCCGCCAGUCGAUUUAUGCGCCAUGGAAGGAGAAGUACAUUGACUACAGCAAGCUCAAGGGUUUGCUCCGCGAGGACCGCCACGACAAGGACAACAAACCAUGGACCGAAGACGACGAGAACCGAUUUUGCGAUGAAAUAUUCAACGUCCAGCUGGAGAAGGUUGCCCAGUUCCAGCAGCAAAAGUUUGACGCGCUGAAGCAGCGAGUCGACGGCCUCUUCGAGAAGCUCAAAGAGCUAGCUCCCGUAGCAGGCGACAAUGCUGCGUCGGCCGGCAUCUCUUCCUCCCGCCUCAAGGACCUCGAGGCUGAGCUCGACGAGAUCCUCAAGGAGGUCAUGGAGCUCAAGAAGUUCAGCAAUGUCAACUACACUGGGUUCCUCAAAAUCAUCAAGAAGCAUGAUCGCAAGAGAGGUGACAGGUACAGGGUCCGUCCCAUGAUGCAGCUGAGCCUUUCCCAGCGGCCCUUCAACUCUGAACAGGGAUACGAGUCUCUUCUGAACAAGAUGUCUCUCAUGUACUUUGCUAUCCGCCAACAGCUUGAGGAACACGAGCCCAUUCCCAAGGGCCUAGACACCCAAGGCGAGACACACAACGGAGAGAGAUAUACUGCACAAAAGUUCUGGGUGCACCCUGAUAACCUGCUCGAGGUCAAGGCCUCGAUUCUUAGACAUCUCCCAGCUCUCAUCUACAGCGAGCAGGCCUCUAGGGAGCUCGAUUCUAAUGACUCCCCCGCGACGACAUCUCUAUAUUUCGACAACCAGGAUUUCGAGCUGUAUAAGGAAAAGGUAGAUCGACAGUCUGCGCCGUCAUCUCUUCGCCUUCGUUGGUAUGGCCAGCUGAGCCAACGGCCAGAGAUUCUCAUGGAGCUGAAGAAGAUCAACGCCAAUGGCACUAGUGAAGAGUCCAAAUUCUCUAUCAAGUCUAAAUGGGUGAAGCCCUUCCUCGAUGGUGAGUAUGAGAUGGAAAAGACUGUACAGAAGAUGGAACGUCAAGGCAUUCCAGAGAGCGAGAUCGAGGACUUUAAGACAACCGUCGGUAAGAUGAGAGGUUUCUUGCAAGAGAAGAAGCUCUCACCUGUGCUGAGGGCUAACUACGUCCGAACGGCCUUCCAGAGGCCUGCGGAUGAUCGUAUUCGAAUUUCCCUCGACAGCGACCUUGCUUUCAUUCGUGAGGAUACGCUUGAUAGGGACCGUCCUUGUCGCAACCCCGACGACUGGCACCGCACAGAUAUCGAUGACAGCAACAUGGGCUACCCGUUCAAGAACAUCAAUCAGAGCGAAGUUAACAAGUUUCCUUAUGCUGUGCUUGAGAUCAAGCUCAAGGACAAUGGCUUCAAGAAGCAGCCUGUAUGGAUCGAUGACCUUGUGUCCUCCCAUCUGGUCCACCCCGUUCCACGAUUUUCCAAGUUUGUCCAUGGUGUGGCCUCCCUCUUUGAGGAUUACGUCAACACUCUGCCUUUCUGGCUGGGCGACUUGGAAACCGACAUCCGCAAGGAUCCCGAGAAGACUUUCGAAGAGGAGGAGCAGCGUCGUGCUCAGCGGGCGGACGAUGCUAUGGCUGUUGGCAGUCUGAUGGGGGGCAAGUCAGGAUCGUACAAGGCUGGAAAGAGCUCCCCUAUCGCAAAGUCAUAUCUUGCUGAACGGGCGGCGGCUGAUAAGCGUCAAUCCAUGCAGUCUGUGCAAUCCGUAGCUAAGAGCAAGAGAAGCAGCUUCCAGCCAACCAUCGACGAAGUCGGCGAGUCAAGCUUCAGCAAUCAGCAGCAAGGCUAUGGGACCUUGUCAUCUGUUGUUCCCAGCUUCUCUCUGUCCAAGUAUGCCAAGUCUCAAAGACUUCGCGAAGCUCAGCUCCCCGAAGGCGUCGUCGAGCCCGCGGAAUGGAUUAAGAAUGCUGGAGAGCUCAAGAUUGAACCCAAGGUCUGGUUGGCGAACGAGCGAACCUUUCUCAAGUGGCAGCAUAUCUGCAUUCUUCAGGGCACUGUGGCCCUGGCUCUGUACACUGCUGCGGGUGAAGAUUUGGUUGCUGAAGUCAUGGGAGUCGUCUAUAUUCUGAUUGCUGCCUUUGCCGGAGCCUGGGGCUACUGGAUGCUGCACACCCGCCGAAUCAUGAUUAUGGAGCGUAGCGGCAAGGAUUUUGACAAUAUGGUUGGCCCUAUUGUCAUAAGUAUCGCACUUAUGGUCGCCCUGAUUAUCAAUUUCUUCUUUGCGUAUCAGAAAGCGUUUGACCGUUCCCACGGUGGCCAUUCGAAUCAAACUAUUGCCAUCGUUGACGAGCUCCUCUGA